CUGAGCAUGGGUGCACCCGGCGUUUCAUUCGUCCAGAAUAUCGGAAAGAGUUCGUGGAGCUUGCGAAGCUUGCUGGCCCUGUGGUUCUCUCCCAGUUGAUGAGCUUCUUGAUCAGUGUCAUCAGCACAGUGUUCUGUGGUCAUCUGGGGAAAACGGAACUUGCAGCAGUAUCGUUAGCUAUUGCGAUUGUUAAUGUUACCGGGGUUUGCAUCGGCAUUGGUUUGUCACAAGCAUGUGAUACAAUCAUUUCUCAGACGUAUGGGAGUGGUAACUUGAAGCGUGUGGGGGUGAUCCUGCAGCGAGGGAUCUUGAUCCUUCUGCUGGCCUGUUUCCCCUGCUGGGCUCUACUCAUCAACACUGAACCCAUUCUUCUUGCUGCCAGGCAGACUCCAGAGGUUGCAAGACUCUCCCAGCUUUAUGUGAAGAUCUUCAUGCCAUCUCUGCCGGCUUGUUUCAUGUACCAGCUGCAGGGACGAUAUCUUCAAAACCAGGGUAUCAUAUGGCCGCAGGUUAUAACAGGAGUGAUUGGAAAUAUUCUUAAUAUACUUAUCAACUACAUCCUCCUCUAUGUUCUGAAUUUGGGAGUUGCUGGUUCUGCAGCAGCCAAUUGCAUCUCACAGUAUAUUCUGGCUGUGCUGCUGUAUGUUUACAUCUGCUGGAGGAAACUGCACACCACCACAUGGGGAGGCUGGUCAAUGGAGUGCCUGCAGGAGUGGGGUCUUUUCGUGAAGCUGGCCAUCCCCAGCAUGCUUAUGCUUUGUUUGGAGUGGUGGAUGUUUGAAGUGUCAGGAUUCCUGGCCGGCGUGAUCAGUGAGGUUGAGCUUGGAGCUCACGCCGUACUGUAUCAACUCACCGUCCUAGCUUAUAUGACACCACUGGGAUUCGGUGCUGCUGCAAGCGUCCGUGUUGGAAAUGCUCUCGGUGCAGGAAAUGCUCCAAAUGCAAAGUUAUCCUGCAAGGUCGUCGUUGUCUGUGGAUUUGUGCUUUCAUGCAUUGUUGGAACUAUGAUCACAGUCACAAGAAAUGUCAUUGGAUACAUUUUCACUUCAGAUCCAGAGAUUUUACACCGAGCUGGAGAGGUCAUGGUUUUUUAUGUUUGUAUGCAUGUUGGUGAUGCCACCGCGGGCGUGACUGGAGGCGUCCUUCGAGGAGCCGGAAAACAGUUUAUUGGUGCUACGUGUAACCUGGUGGGAAUUUAUUUUGUCGGCGCUCCCAUUGGCGUGUCCUUAAUGUUUGCAGUAAAAAUGGGUAUUUUUGGACUGUGGUUGGGACUCACCAUAUCUGUGCUUGUGCAAGCAACGUUUUUUCUCAUCUUUUUGUUCAAACUUAAUUGGGAAAAGGCUGCUGAAGAGGCUCAGAUUCGAGCAGGAGUCAAAAAGACAGAAGACAAAGAGAUGGACAGCAUGGGAAAGGCAGAGUCCAGUGAGUACCAGACUCAGAUUACUCCUUUACCCAAUUGUGUAAACGUAGAGGAGGUGUAUGUCAACCAAGAAGCACUUGGUCCAAGCCCGAGGACACCCACAACCACCACUCUGGGAGACGUUCUGUCAACAAGACAGCUGGUUUUACGUCGUGGACUGACACUGGUGGUUAUGGUCAUCAUCAUGAUUGUUGGAAUCAUAGCCAAUGAAUGGCUCAUGAGACUGUUCUAAUGACCCGUGUUUGUUUGUUUUUCCUUGUUGAUAAAAAACAUCUUGUAGUUGGAGC